AUGAAGACGGCCAAGACCAUGAAGACGGCCAAGACCAUGAAGACGGCCAAGACCAUGAAGACGGCCAAGACCAUGAAGACGGCCAAGACCAUGAAGACGGCCAAGACCAUGAAGACGGCCAAGACCAUCAAGACGGCCAAGACCAUGAAGACGGCCAAAGAUCCAUCGAAGACGGCCAAGACCAUCAAGACGGCCAAGGACCAUGAAGACGGCCAAGACCAUCAAGACGGCCAAGACCAUGAAGACGGCCAAGACCAUGAAGACGGCAAGACCAUGAAGACGGCCAAGACCAUCAAGACGGCCAAGACCAUGAAGACGGCCAAGACCAUGAAGACGGCCAAGACCAUCAAGAUGGCCAAGACCAUCAAGACGGCCAAGACCAUCAAGACGGCCAAGACCAUCAAGACGGCCAAGACCAUCAAGACGGCCAAGACCAUGAAGACGGCCAAGACCAUCAAGACGGCCAAGACCAUCAAGACGGCCAAGACCAUCAAGACGGCCAAGACCAUGAAGACGGCCAAGACCAUGAAGACGGCCAAGACCAUGAAGACGGCCAAGACAUGA